GUCCCACAUGUUGACACAGCUCCAGCCGGUGUUCGGUCAGAAUGAACCAUGUUCACGAUGAGGAUACUGUCACCGGUGGGUUGACUCGUUCCACGCAGCAGACACCGGACAGGUCGGUGUGAUCUCCUCCAGCUCCAGAGCUCUGGAGACACGCGUGGAGACGAGACGACGCAGAUCCAGCGAGGCGUCGCCAAAGACUGGACAGCACGCAAGACAUGAAGACCUGCAGAUUAAAAACUGUGAUGAAUGGACACUCAGCCUCCUGCAGGUGAAGCUUAAACUUUCAAGUUUGGUGGAUCCUGGUCUUCGAUGUCAUUAUGUCACUAUCAGACUGCAAGUAUGGGAGUGAUACCCACAUGGAGCAGGGUUGGAUGCUCCACAGCUCGCCCACGCAUCAGACAAAUGGGAAAACACCCAUCAGGACUUUUUUUGACUUCAGGCACACAAACAAGCCUGAAAAUCUGGACAUCAAGUGGCCUCCCCUGUUAUCGCUGAGCAACAUGCGGAGCGUCUCCAAAGUCAGACUGCUCAGUUUCCUCCUGGGCUUGACGCUGACCUUUCUCAUCAUGGCUUCCUAUAUUCUGCCCUGGGACAAGACGGGACUUCUGUUCACCCCCACACCCUUUCAGCUCAGACCUGUGUUCGACCUGACCAGCUCAGCAGAGGAAGAUUCCUCUGAAAAUACAUUAAUAGACAUGAAACUGCUGGUGAAGAUCCUCAGCUCCAAACUGGAAUACUCACCCAGGAAGGUGCCUGAUGAAAAGGACGUCAUUGAAACCGAGUCCCUUUUGUUCUCUGUAGUUCCUCGCCAUUUCCUGCCGAGCAUCAAGAGCCCCUGCUGGUACGAGGAGUUCUCAGGCGACCUCGGCACGGAUCCCUACCGGAGGAACCUCUUUACACUGCGCUCAAAGGGCUUCAAGACUGUGUGUGAGCAACUGAAGAUUGACUUCCACCGACACUUGUACCACAGGGGCGGCAAAGUGUUACGUCUGCGCUGCUUGCCAUACUUCUACAUCAUCGGCCAACCCAAGUGUGGCACGACCGACUUGUUUCAGAGACUGCGGCUGCAUCCGGAGGUCAAGUUCAACACCAUGAAGGAGCCACACUGGUGGACCAGGAAACGCUUCGGUUAUAUCCAUUCCAAAGUUGGCUUCCUGGAAAGUUUUCCUGUGCAGGACUACCUGGAUCUGUUUGACUUGGCAGCUCUUAACAUCCAAGCAGGAAUCAAUGGAAAUCCAUCUGGAGACCACAGCACGCUCCAGCUCAUAACAGGUGAAGCCAGUGCAUCCACCAUGUGGGAUAACCAAGCUUGGAGCAACCUCCAUGAAGGGGAGGAUGCUGAGCCUCCGUUCCUGGCCCAGGACUUCAUCCACGCCGUCCAGCCUGAUGCAAAAAUCCUCGUCAUGCUCAGAGAUCCAGUGGAGAGGCUUUAUUCUGACUAUCUGUACUUUACUGUGGGCAACAAAUCGGCAGAAGACUUCCAUCUGAAGGUUGCGGAGUCCGUGCAGUUGUUUCACUCUUGCCUGUCUGAGAGGACAAUACGUUACUGCGCCUAUGACACCAGCCUCUCCAACGCCAUGCCGGUGAGGUUGAAUCUGGGGAUGUACAUCGUCUUCUUACUGGACUGGCUGACAGUUUUCCAUCGGGAGCAGAUUCUGGUUCUGCGACUGGAAGACUACGCAGCCAAUAUCAAAGUGACAAUCAAGAAAGUUUUUGACUUUCUGAGUGUAGGUCCUCUGUCCAAGCAGGUGGAGGCAGCAGUGACCAAACGACCUAUGUCCAACACUCGGCGGGCAGCAGACAGGAACCUGGGUCCGAUGCUUCCUGCCACCAGAGACCUCCUCAAGGAAUUUCAUCAGCCCUUCAACUAUAAACUCGCCAGUUUGCUGGAGAACAAGGCUUUUCUCUGGAGUAACACCUGAAGGGGUGGACUUGGAAUAAUUGCAGAGGGGCGAGCAUGAGAAUCAGGAUCAUUGUUAAUGACCACACGACUGAGGAGUGCUUGUGCAGCCUGGUGGGCAGCAUCACUUUGAACACAAGAAACGACAACAAGCACAUCAGACAAUAUUUACCAGAUUAACUCAGAGAAACUCACAGAGAGCAGCUGUCGAGUCAAAAAGAGUCAAUGCUGGUCUCUUUGAGAUUUACCACCACGCCUGCAGAUGGACUCACAACACAUCACACACACGAGAUGCAAAAAUGAGCAAAGUGAAGAAGAAACGUCAGUGAUUUUGGGUCCCACAUUAUCUAACACUGAGUCAUGCAUUGUCAACACUUUGAGGAGGAGGCACUUAAAGCACUUCAGGUCAUCUUAUCUUGUGCUGUCGCUGACACACGUGUGUCGUGUAGAGAUUGGAAAGAAAACGGUGAGAUGAGAAAACCCUUUACUCUUUAAGAUAAGGAAUAAGAAAGAAAUUAAUAACACGGAGCAUGAAGAAUUUCUGAUAUAGACAAAUUCAUCAGAUGUGUUUGGAGAACUGUUUUUUAACAGGGAUGUUUUAAUGAGACCUUUAGCGCCUCCUAGAGGGCUGCAGCUGGAAGAGGCGGUGGGCAGAGUGAGAUGGGUCAGAGUUUUUUUUGUGAGGUGCAUUUGUGGUAUAGUGAUUCCACUGAUGAGAGGAGAGUGUCAGUAAUCUUGGAUGAUUUAUUGACUAUGUUCUGCUGUUGUGUGUGUUUGUUGACAUUCUGGUGAGUAUUGAUGUUCCAUUCAAGCGUAUUGCUGAUAUUGGUGCCAAGGAAUGGACAAGUCAGUGAUUUUGGGUUCUCCAGUGAUGUGUAUUGGGGGUUUUGGGGAAUGCCGGCCUUUGAAAUUUAUAAUGACAUCUUGUGUUUCUGUUGCAUUGAGUUGGAGAUUCUCAUCAAAGCCCCAGACCACGUGCCGAGGCUACUUCCUGAGGGUAUUAGCCUUGGUUGCUAUUUGUCAUAAGUCCAAUUAGGAUUGUGUCGUAGGCAUAUGGGACCUCGAGUGGUUUGUGUGGAGGCACAAAAGUCAGGGUGAGAGGAUACAAGUGUGGGUGACACCUGUGCUGUGCGUCAGAGACUCUAGUAGCAUGUGUAGGGAUCAACGUUCAUGUCCAUCUGUUUAUUGAAGGGAUUCAAAUGCAGGUGUAGGCGUCAGGUGUUGUGCGUGAUCAACCAGUGCAAGAAGCUGAGGUAACAGUGGAGGAAGUGCAUUGUAUAUGAAAGUGUGUGGGUCUUUGUUUGUGAUAUUUAUUUUCUUUUGAAAGAAUGAUGAUAAUAAUGAUAUUAAGUGGAUUUGUGUUUUAAUUUGAUGCUUUUAAUAGUGUUGAAAAUCCAAAGACAGCGCACGACUUCUGGAGAAAUGUUUCUAAAAUGAUGCACAAAACAUCUAUAACAUUUACACAUGAUUUAACAGUGCAUCCUUGGAUUAAUAAACCUUUUUUACUCAGUGUGAACAUCUGAUAACUUCAUCAAAUAGCCAAAACUGAAUUAUAUAGAAUGUGAUUCAGGCAGACAGUGUGAAAUAAUGAUUUAAAGUUAAAAUAAAACAAAAUGGCAAAUAAAAGUAGAAUUAAUUAAUCACAGUGGUUUAUUGAGAUCAUGUUCAUGUUUAAAGAUCAGUCACUAGAUGGCACUAAAACACAGAUCAUAACUCCAGUAGCUCGGCAUCCAGACGAUCAGUUUACUCUACUGAUAUUUCUGUGGCUUUUCAGACUCCAAUCCAGGUUACAAUGUGUAAAUAGUAUUGUCCUCAAAUACUUAAUAUUAUAAGUCAUGUUUUCCUGUCUUUGUUAUGGGGACGUCAGACACGUCUUCCUCUUCCUGGUUGUUUGAGCACCGUAACGAUUAUUCCUCAAAAGACUUUUCUGGUAAAUGAAACAAACUGAAUAGGACCAAAACCAAAAUAAUACAAUCCAGGUGAGAGAGGGUGUGUGAUUGAAUAUGAGACCAGAUGAACUCUGGUGAUCUGACUCUGCCCUCCAGGCGUCAGACGUAACCCCACAAUCAGUUUAGUGCUGCUAAUCAUAGUGAUUAUGUGUAUUUACCACCAUUCACAAGUAAUGGACCAGAAACACCUUUACAUGCAACUGCUUUUAAUUUAUUCUUCAUUCUUUUAGUGCUCUCGCUGUUUGUAAGGGAUUAUGUUCUCAUGAAAUGCAGAGAAUGAUUAAAUAUAGGAUUUACUUCACUUUAGCAGAAGCAGCACUGUAAUGAAUACAGACUAAAUUAUCCCCACCUGCCUUCACAUAUCUUGUCUCUGAGGAUGAGGUUCUUUUCUUUUCCUGUAAAUAACAUGUACAUUUCAUUCUGUUGCAUAUACAUUUUACAUGUAUGAAACACUGCCGGAGUGUUUCUUAU